UUUUCCAUAGAAUCUCUUCCAAUCCUUCAGAAAGUUAGAAAUGCUUUUCUAACAACAUUGCUUUGCUUCAUUCUCUCUCUUUCUCUCUCUCUCCCUUCUCCUGUAUGCCUUUCUCUGUGUCAAGUCGGAAUGCAUCUUCAAUCCCUCAGUCUGCACAGUCCUGGUAACCUAUCAUCUCGACAGUUGGGUUUCUCUCAUAACCCUCGAGUUAUCAAUGGCCUCUUCCCGCCAAUUUCGGCCAAUUGUGGAGCGGUUUCGAUCUUUAACUGUAAGGGGCUUCAGGUCUCCUUUCCUAAGAAUCGCUCUAAUUCCCUGACCUUCACUGAUAAUCGUGGAGAAGAUGAAAGGUCGAGAGGUGUUAUCACCAAAGAAGCUGACAUCGCCACUCUCGGUAACCUCUGUGUCGAUAUCGUGCUCAACGUCCCCAGUUUGCCCCCGCCGUCGAUUGGGGAGAGACAGGCUUACAUGGAACAGCUCUCCGCUUCUCCGCCUGAUAAAAAAUAUUGGGAAGCUGGUGGUAACUGCAAUGUGGCUAUUGCCGCAGCAAGGCUCGGCCUUCACUGUCUUACACUCGGUCAUGUGGGUAAUGAAAUCUACGGACGCUUCCUCCUAGAUGUGCUCCAUGAUGAGGGAAUCUAUAUGGUUGGGACAAAUGAAAAUACUGACGCUGUUACGAACCAAAGUGACUGUUAUGAAACACUUCUGUGCUGGGUUUUGGUGGACCCCUUGCAGAGGCAUGGAUUUUGCAGUCGAGCUGAUUUUAGUACGGAGCCUGCAUUCAGUUGGUUGAGCAAACUUUCUGAAGAAAUGAAGAUGGCAAUUAAAAAGUCAAAGAUUUUAUUCUGCAAUGGAUACAGCUUUGAUGAGUUCUCCCCUGAUUUAAUUGUCUCAGCUCUGGAUUAUGCCAUGGAAGUAGGGACGUCAAUUUUUUUUGACCCUGGACCACGGGGAAAGACUCUUUAUAAUGGAACCCCUGAACAACAGAGAGCACUUGACCGGAUAUUGAGGAUGAGUGAUGUUCUUCUUUUAACUUCUGAUGAGGCUGAAUCAUUGACCAGCAUAGAAAAUCCUAUAUUGGCUGGACGGGAGUUGCUCAAGAAAGGGGAACGUACAAAAUGGGUGAUUGUUAAAAUGGGUGCUAAAGGUUCAAUUUUAAUAACAAUGUCAAGUAUUUCUUAUGCACCAGCAUUCAAGGUGAAUGUAAUUGAUACUGUUGGAUGUGGAGAUAGUUUUGUAGCUGCUAUUGCCUUUGGAUUUCUACACAAUUUGCCCAUGGUUAGUACAUUAGUACUUGCAAAUGCUGUGGGUGCUGCAACUGCCAUGGGUUGUGGGGCUGGUCGGAAUGUUGCCACCUUGGAGAAUGUCAUAGAACUCAUGAAAGUUUCAAACGUCAAUGAAGACAAUGGCUUGUGGAAUGAGUUAUUGCUUCAAAAUAUGGAUUCAGAAGAAGUAAUACUACUUUCAAAAACAAUCAUAAAUGGAAGCAAUGAUCAACUGAAACAUGUGUCCCUGCAAAAGGUGGUCAAUGAGCUACUGUUGAAGCUUGAGGCUGUGUGGGAGAGGAAGAUGGUGACAUCUUGAUGAGGGUUUGGACUAAGAGAGCAUUCUACAAGAAGUUGAAUUGAUGGUGAUUAAAUUCUUUUGAUGGGCUUGGUUAGUUUUUAUCUCGCUUUGCCUGUACCCCUAUUGGAUAAUGAUCCUCGUAAAGAGUAUCGAUUGAUGAUUGAAUAUUUUCAGAGUUAAGCCAAAGUGGGUUCUUUGGUUGUGGUCUAGAUGAGAUACUUGAGAGAGAAAUCCUGAUUUCAAGGUAAAGAUUGCUCGGUUCGAGAUCUGUGCUGCAAUCUGUGCUCCAUGGUGGUAUUUUUUGAAUUGAUAUAUGAUGAUCCCUUUGCAAUUGUUGUAGCUGCAAACGUUAUUGCUUAGCUGGAAGAAGCACUGAAUUUGUAGGUUGGGAACAAUAUCAUGCUAAUGUAAGCUCAUCUCAUUCUUUGUGUUAUUGUAGAAAACAUGCGCCCCAAAGUGAGUAAUACUAAGCAUUGCAACUGGUGAUUUGAGAAACUUGUAUUUUGCAUAACUUCAUUUUUUUGUCA